CAGACACGUACCGAAAAAUGUAUUGUAAACAAACCAAGUCUCCAGAAUGAUUAUGAAAAACAAAUAUUACGAUUUUACAAUAGCAAGAUGUAAAAUGGAAAUUUUUUGAGAAGGAACAGCUUGUUGGUAAUGGCUGGUGUGGUUUAUGAAUAUCUAUCAUUUGUGGCCAAUGAUGUGAUUUUCUUCAGUGACGAUGUUCAAACAACAACAAUAGCUGUAGCCAUAGCUAGUUCUUUAUGUUGUUCUAUAGUAUGGGCAGUUUUUCAUAUCAUAAAUGUGGUGCAGCCUUCCAAAGGAACAGUGAAAGCCAAAUCAGCAACUCUAUCUAUUUAUGCUGGUAAAAUUCAUCCUUCAAGGAAAUAUUGUCGACCAGUAUGUCUAGAUGGUUCAGUCACACUACAGACAGAUGAAGUUGAGGUGCCAUGUGUAAGAUGUGGAAAGUACUAUGCUGAUGCCAACUGUAGAUUUGUAACCUGUAAACAGUGUUGUUUUUCUGUUACUGCUUGUAACUUCCAUCGCCUCAAUAAAGAUAUUAAAGGUCGUCAGUACAGGUCAGAUGGUCAACAACAACUCCAAGAGAUUGAUCUAAGUCAGUGUCAAAUACAGCAGUGUCCAGAAAGACUUGGAUUUGUUGGUGCUCAGCUUACUUUACUUAAUCUUGCUCAGAAUAAACUUACUAACUUACCUUCAGAAAUUGGAUGUUUGAGAGGCCUUACAGAUUUGUUUAUUGACCACAAUAAUAUAACUAUCAUACCAGAUUCUCUUGGAUCACUAGUCAACCUAGAAUCACUCAACUUAUCAUAUAAUCAAAUAUAUACAUUACCAGAUACUAUCUGUUCCUUGCAAAAUUUAAAAGUGCUUAAAGCUGACCAUAAUAACAUGGAAGAUAUACCAAAGUGUAUUGGUCAGCUACAUUGUCUUGUUAAAUUGUAUUUAGAAUACAAUAAACUCAAAUACUUCAACCUAAAGCGUUCCUCACUUGGACAUCUUGAGAUUUUGGUGCUACAUAAUAACCCUGUUUCUAGUCUCCCUGAUGAAAUCAGAAAUAUGAUACAUCUUCAUGAAUUAGAUGUCUCAUCAUGUGAUCUACACAACAUUCCAAAGGGUAUUUGUUAUUGUCCGAAUUUGGAGACACUAAAUUUGUCAAACAAUUACUUGUCUGUGCUACCUGUUGAAAUAGGACGGCUUCCCAGUUUAAAGAAUCUACAACUCAAUAAUAACAAACUACAGUACCUUCCAUCUACAUUAAAAGUUGAUAGAUAUGACAGUAUCUCAGUUUCAGAUAAUCCAUUCCUCUUAGAAGACAGUGUGAUUGAAGUACAUACUCCAAAUAAUCUAUUCCCAUCAUUGCUGGAGAAGGCUUUAAGAUUCAUAUGUAACCAUGGGAACUACAAAAUUGAUAUUCUCCCACAAACAUUACAAGAUAUAAUGACAGAAAUAAAUACAUGUACAGGAUGUGGUCAGAUAUUUUUGACAUAUUACAAGUCUACAAUAGAAUUACGACAGACAACACAAGGAACCAUUCCAUUUUACUCACAGAUAUGCUCACCACACAAUACACAAAUGUGUAAUCAAACGUAACAUUCCAAAGUAAAUCUAUUGAAAAUUACCAAAAUGUAUUAUUUAGCUUUAAACAGGUUGUGUUUAAUUUAUCACUUACAAGUUCAACAGAAAAAAAAAAUCACCUAUAUGGCUUAAUUUAUCAGUUAAGAAAGCACUAUACAAAAAAAAUUCAGUUAUAAAUUGUAUAUUUGAAUUAAGUAUUAUACAUUGGGUACUUAUUUUUGUGAGUAAAAGGUCAGCCUUGAAUUUUAGUGGUUAACAAAAACUUUUUA